AUGCCCGACUUCUCCUCCACUACAACUGAGGACAUUCCUCUUGCUGACGAUGAUGACAGCGUUUCGAUCGUGGGUGGAAGCGGAACACCACGACCAGCUCAACCUCUUCCUCGGGAAGAACCUCCUGAAGAUCCGGAAGAGAAAGCUCGUCUCAUCUCCCAAGUUCUCGAGUUACAAAAUACUCUCGACGACUUGAGCCAGCGAGUGGACUCAGUGAAGGAGGAAAGCCUCAAACUGCGUUCGGAAAACCAAGUUCUUGGGCAAUACAUUCAAAACCUGAUGGCUUCCUCCUCAGUGUUCCAGUCUUCGAAUACCGCAGGAAAACAAAGCGAAAUGCUUUCAAAUGCUUUGGAAUGGUGA